AUGGCAGAGUCAAAAAGAGAGAUAGAUUACUCUGUCUAUUUGGUGACAGGACGAGAUCUUCUCCCGCCUGGUAAGGACUAUCUGGAAUCCCUUGAAGAAUCCCUGCGUGGAGGCGUAACCAUCGUCCAGAUCCGUGAAAAGACCACGGAGACCGGGGAGUUCCUAGAAGUCGCACGCCGGUCCCAGGCGCUCUGCCGCAAAUUCAACGUUCCUAUCCUCAUCAAUGACCGCCUCGACAUCGCCCUCGCGAUCGGCGCCGACGGCGUGCAUAUCGGGCAGACAGACAUGCCUAUCGCCGUUGCCAAAGCUCUCCUCCCGCCUGGGGCAAUCAUCGGCAUGACGUGCAACACGCCCGCGCAUGUCGCGCAAGCGGUGAAGGACGGCGCAGACUACGUCGGCGUCGGCCCCGUGUUCGCGACGCAGACGAAGAACGUGGCGAGCCCCAUGUUGGGCGUACGCGGCUUACAGGACAUACUCGCCCCCCUCGAGGGCACGAACGUGAAGGCCGUUGCGAUCGCGGGAAUCAAAUAUACGAACGCAUUGCAGUGCCUGUACGGUGCCGUGAGGCCCUCUGGGCUCGGCCUCGACGGCCUCGCUGUUGUGAGCGACAUUGUCGCGUCGCACGAGCCCGAGGCUGCCGCGAGAAAGCUUGCGACGGUCGUACACGCGUUCAAGUCGACUAUCCCGCAUAUUUUCUCUCUCAGCCAACAUCCAUACACUUCCCAGUACAUUAAAGAGAACGCUGCGCAACUCUUCCCGGCCAUCAGGCGCCACGGUCCUCUGGUGCAGCAGAUCACUAACACAGUCGUCACAACGCAGUCUGCCAACGCGACACUCGCUCUCGGCGCGUCACCCAUAAUGGCCAACGCCCCACAAGAGAUGGCGGACAUCAGCAAAGCCAUCGGCGGCCUUCUGAUCAAUUUCGGGACUAUCCAGAGCCUGGACGGGAUGAUUGAAGCAGGCAAGCAUGCGAAUAUCAACCGCAAGCCGGUCGUAUUCGAUCCCGUCGGCGUCGGCGCGUCGCAGUACCGUCGCAGCUCUGCAAACUCGCUGCUGAACACAUGGCAGGCGACGGUGAUCAAGGGAAACGCGGGUGAGUUGGCAGCAAUUGCGAACUCGCAGGAGGUUCGGGCCAAGGGCGUCGACAGUGUCGGACAAGGCUUCAAGAACCCCGCUCUAUUCGUCCGCGACCUCGCGCGAAGAGAAAGAUGCAUCGUUGUUCUAUCGGGAAAGACAGAUUAUGUGUCGGAUGGCACGACAGUUGUCAGCCUCAACAAUGGGCAUCCAUUACUCGGCGAUAUCACCGGUUCAGGCUGCAUGCUUGGCACAUGCAUCGCGAUCUUCUGUGCGGCAGCAAGCAUGGAGGCCACGCCGGAGGAUGGCAAGUUGGUCUCCGGGGACAUGUUCAUCGCGGCUAUCGGGGGUGUUCUCGCACUCACAUUAGCAUCUGAGAAGGCUGCGGCAAGGGAUGACGUCAAAGGAAGCGGGACGUUCCUCCCCGCGCUGAUAGACGAAUUGGGGAAGCUUUCGCCAGAAGAGGUGGUGGCGUUGGCAAACGUCGAAGUAGUGAGCGUAUGA